CUGGGAAACUCCAUCCUUCAGGAUGCCAACCUGUCUCACCAACUGUAGGCCUUUACAAAAGUCCCUGGGUGUGGGCCAGUCAGCAGAGCCUGGCCCUCCGGGUUCCCUACAUUCCUCCCACUGCCCUCCCACCUCCUCCCCCAUCUUUAUACUCCCUUUAUUGUUCUCCCUCUCUCCCCGUCACUCACCGAUUAUGGUCCCUGCCCUGGAGGAAGCCACACAACAUCCAGACUGUGCACUCGGGGAGACAGACACCCGAGGAGACUUGUUUCGUCCCAAAAUGGCCUCUCCCUUUUAUCGACUUUUCCUGGUUGUCAGCAUCUGUGCUCCGGUCUACUGUGUACCCCCAUCCAGUGGCCCCUGCCCUUCCCCCACAAGGAACAGCGCUACCCCCUGGGUAUCUUCCAGCAACACCAACUUUGCCUUCCGCCUCUACCGGAGGCUGGUUUUGAAGACUCCGGAUCAGAACGUCUUCUUCUCCCCCCUGAGUAUCUCCGCUUCCCUGGCCACGCUCUCCCUCGGGGCCCGCUCAGCCACCAAGACCCAGAUCCUCCAAGGCCUGGGGUUCAACCUCACACACGAGCCGGAAUCCGCCAUCCACCGGGCCUUCCAGCACCUGCUCCACUCACUCAGUGUCCCCAGCAAAGGCCUAGACUUGAGGAUGGGAAGCUUCCUCUUCAUCAAAAAGGAGCUGCGGCUACAGACAAAUUUCUUGGACGACGUCAAGAGGCUGUAUGAUUCGAAGGUCUUUUCUACAGAUUUCUCCAGCACCUCCACCACCCGGAAGAGAAUCAACAGCUAUGUGGAGAAGGAGACCAAAGGGAAGGUUGUAGACUUAAUCCAAGACCUUGACCCUCUGACGGCCAUGGUCCUGGUGAACCCCGUUUUCUUUAAAGCCAAGUGGGAGAAGCCCUUUCACCCUGGAUAUACAAGAAAGAGCUCUCCGUUCCUGGUGGGCCAGGGGGCCACUGUGAAGGUCCCGAUGAUGCACCAGGUGGAACAAUUUGCUUUUGGGGUGGAUCCGGAGCUGAGCUGCUCUGUACUACAGAUGGAAUACAGUGGCAACACCGUGGCCUUCUUUGUCCUCCCUGGCCAGGGCAAGAUGAGGCAGCUGGAACAGGCCUUGUCAGCCAGGACACUGAGGCGAUGGAGCCUCUUACUCCGGAAGAGGUGGAUAGAGGUGUUCAUUCCGAAAUUUUCCAUUUCUGCCUCCUAUGACCUGGAAACCAUCCUCCCGAAGAUGGGCAUCUGGGAUGCCUUUAAUAAUAAUGCUGAUUUUUCUGGAAUCACAAAGACAGACUUCCUGCAGCUUUCCAAAGUUGCCCACAAGGCUGUGCUGGACGUCAGCGAGGAGGGGACCGAGGCCUCAGCAGCCACCGCCACCAAGCUCAUAGUCCGGUCAAAGGACAGCCCCUCUUACACCGUCAUCCGCUUCAAUAGGUCCUUCCUGCUGCUGCUGAUAAACAAAGCCACAGAGGCCAUUCUCUUCCUAGGGAAAGUUGAAAAUCCGACUAAAUCCUAGGUGGAACUAUCCUGCUGGCUGCGUACAGGUUGAAAAUGUCCAGGAAAUAAACCACGUUGUAUGAUGC